UGAGGGGUUCUCAAAAACUUCAUGGAAAAUGUGUAUUAAGAAAACACUGACUCUUCUCACAUUGGAAGGUCCAGGCCUGACCGACAGACAAUGCCACGGCAUGGAGUCGCUGCUGGGCCUCUUCUUCCUCACCCACGUCCCCAUCACCCUGUUCAUGGCCCUGCAGGUGGUGCUGCUGCACGAGCUCUACCCAGUAGAGUUUAGAAACCUCCUGAAGUGGUAUGCUAAGGAGUUCAAAGACACGCUGCUAUGGGAGCCAUCAGCCUGGUUUAAGUCCUUUCUAUUUUACAAGCUUGUGUUUCAGCUGCCUUUCUUUCCCAUUGCAACCCAUGCCUUCCUCAAAGGAAGCUACAAGUGGAUUUGAACCCCUGCAAUCAUCUACUCAGUUCCCACCAUGACGACUUUAAUUCCAAUACUCUCCACAUUUCUGUUUGAGGAUUUCUCCAAAGCCAGUGGUUUCAAAGGACAAAGACCUGAGACUCUGCAUGAACGGUUAAGCCCUGUAUCUGUCUAUGCCCUCUACUUACUCAUACCAUUUGUCGUUUUAAUGUUCAUGUUGCAGAGCCCCUACAAGUAUGAGGAGAAAAGAAAAAAAAAAUGAGAGAAACAACCACUGGCCCAGGGUAAGAGAUGCCUGCAGGGAGGUUGUUUGUUGGAUACAAUACAAGGAACACUGCUCAGAACCCACAUCCUCAGC